GCAUGGCAGGAGCCUCUGUGUGGGGCCUCCAUGGUCUGGGUCCCACUGGGACAGGCCAGCCAGACCUGUGGGUGGGGCAGCCUGCCCCUCCAUACUUCCUGUGACCCCCUGGGCAUAAAGAGCACCCACUCAUACCUGGGUUCCAUCACUCUGGGGUGCCUGAUCCGCCUUUAGUCCUCUUGGGGAGGGAAGAGGAUGUGAAGGUUACCAUCCCUCCCAGGCCAUAGUGCCAAACUCUGUUUUCUCCUGCUCAGGCUGCAAACCAUCAAAAUAUUCAUAGUAUCUAGUGGAUGUCAAAUUUGAAAAUUAGAUGAAGUCCCCAGGUGGCAGCCUAUGGAGUGGGUAGCCAGAGACAAGUCUCUUACCUUCUCUGAACCUGUUUCCUUGUCUGAACACAGGGGCAGCUGGGAAUAGCUCUUGAGUGCUUGUUAGGGUGAACUUUGGAUCUGUUGCAUGAGCAACACUACCCAUCCUCAUGGCCAAAGACAGGUGAGUUCCCUCCAAGCAGAAAGCAACAUCCCCCUCUGUCCAGGGCGCUUCACAUUCAGGGCAUGCAGAGGACAGAGAAAACACACUUGUAUUGUUUGUGAUCAUGUCCAGAUACUUGCAACAACAACAACAACAACAAAAAAAGGACCAGCAGUGACCACAAUUGACCCCAGACUGAGCCAGCCCAUUACCGGGGAAAGGGAGAGGUCCUUGAAUCCUGUGAUCAAGCCCCUCGGGUGUCCCUACUGAUUCCAUUUGGCUUUCUUCCUUAACUGCAAGCCAGAAAGAAGGGCAGAUCUCUUUUCCUCCAAGGCAGAGUGUUAGAAGCAUUAUCUUAGUAGGCCAACGUCCUGGAAAAGAGACAGACUGGCAAUGAUGGAGCAACUAAAGCGAAAGACAGCAGCCUAGAAGCUCCUGGCUGGCUCCUCUGACCUGUUUGAUGUUGACUCAAAAGACAUGGAAUUCAUUGGCAAAUCUGCUUCCUCCUCCUCCUCUUACCUUUGGAGGAAAGAUCGGUUCCUGGUUGGCUGGGGCAGUGUCAUUGAUACAGCUGGUGUCAUCGUUACCUUCCACUAACAGAUCACUCGACACCUGCUGGGCCAGGCAGGGCCAGGCCUGGGCAUUGCCCGCAGAGCUGGAGGCUUUGACUCUUCCAUCAUCUGAGAGCCCAGGGGAGGCCACGACCCAGCCUCUUGGGGACCCAACAGAAGGACUAGACUGUUCCAGGCGCCGGAUUGCCAUUGCAGGUCUUGGCUGCCUCUUUCCUUCCAGCUGCCUGAUCCCUGUUGUUGUCUCAAGCAGAGGAGAUGAGUUCGUCGUCAGCUGGGAGCUGUGGCAGAGUGACAAUGCUGCAUGGAGAAGGGGCUCUGGGAGUGGCUGUGGCAUGAGGAGCCCGGGGUGAGGAGUGGCCUGGGGUGUCCUGCUGGCGUGCGCAUCCCAGGCGCCGCCAUGCUUCAGCAGAUCCUGCAUGACAUGUACAUCGACCCCGAGCUCCUCGCUGAGCUCAGCGAUGUGCAGAAGCACAUCCUCUUCUACAAAAUGCGCGAGGAGCAGCUGAGACGCUGGAGGGAGCGUGAGGCUUGGGAGGCCCUGGCCCAGGUCGAGGGCCUCAGGCCCCCCAAGGUCAAGCGAGCGAGUGACAAGCACAUCCAGUGGCUGCUGGGGGCAGAUGGCGAGGUCUGGGUCUGGAUCAUGGGAGAAGGUCCCGGCGACAAGCCGUAUGAAGAGAUCUCUGAGGAGCUGAUUGCAGAGAGAGCGAGGCUGCAGGCGCAGCGGGAAGCCGAGGAACUCUGGAAACAGAAGGAGGCAGAGAUCACCAAAAAGUUCCGGGAUGCUCUGGCCAAUGAGAAAGCCCGGAUCCUGGCAGAGAAGUGGAAGGUGGAGAUGGAGGACCGCAAGGCUGCCAAAGUCCUGGAGGAGCGCAUCCAUGAGGAAUUCAAGAGGAAAGAGGAAGAGGAGAGGAAGCGAGGAGAAGAGCAGAUUCGCCUCCAGGAAGAGCAGAGGGCGAAGGAACUCUACUGGACCCUGAAGCAGGCCCAGCUGCAAAGCCACCCCAGCGAGAAGGAGGAACAUGAGUGGGAAGAACAGUUGCGUCGAUCCAAGGCGGCUGACGAGGAGAGGAGCCGCCGAGCCCAGCGCGCCCGGGACGAGUACCAGCGUCACUCGCUCCGCGCCAUCCAGAAGGGCACCGUUGCUGGACUCAGCUCCAGGUUCCGAGAGCUCGGCCAGAGCCACGAGCAGGAGGCGAGACUCCACCGCCACCUCCCGGGCCGGGGGCCGCUUUCACCCCUGGCCGUGCCUGGCAGGACCUGGGAACGGCCCCUGCGCCCCGUCUCCAGAGAAGUCAUAGUCCGCUGGUUUAAGGAGGAGCAGCUGCCUCGCCGAGCGGGCUUCGAGAGGAACACCAAAGCCAUCGCCCCCUGGUUCCACGGAAUUAUCAGCCGAGAAGAUGCCGAAGAUCUCCUUGAGAAUAUGACCGAGGGUGCAUUUCUGGUCCGGGUCAGUGAGAAAAUCUGGGGUUAUACCCUCUCCUACCGCCUGCAGAAGGGGUUCAAGCAUUUUCUUGUGGAUGCCUCUGGGGACUUUUACAGCUUCCUGGGAGUGGACCCCAAUCGCCAUGCGACACUCACAGAUCUCAUUGAUUUCCACAAGGAGGAAAUUAUCACUGUUUCAGGGGGAGAGUUGCUGCAGGAACCCUGUGGACAGAGGGACAGCCCACCAGACUACCAUCUGUUGUUUGAAUGAUUUGUCCCCCCUUCUCAAUUGGACUUCAUUGGGCAUCCUAUUUUUGAACUCAAGAACUUCCCAGCUCAAAUCCUUAUGGCCUUCUGGAAGAUCCACUAACAUCCAGAGGAACAAGUGGAUUAGUAUAUUUCAACAAAUGUGAAAUAUAUGGUGUAUGUGUUGGUGGUUCCUGACUCAGUGCCCAGGACAGAAAUUGCUAAUGGCUGAUGCAGCUCUUUCCUGAAAAAUUUAGACAUGACCUCAGAAAAUAAAGCCGUUUUGUCAGGGCUGACCUAAACUGAGCUCCUAGAGUACACGGUCAUGUUUUAAUUAACCAAAUAAUUCCAGUGCCGAACUCUGAAUUUAACCUAUGGUAGACGUUCAAUAAAUGUUUGUUGAAUGAA